GCGAGGCGCGGGUCGUGACGUCAUCAGCGCGCGCCCCUGGGCUUCAGUCUGCUGGCCUCCGGAAUGGGCAGAUAUCACCAGCCCACAUCAAACCAUUGAUCUGUAGCACGAGCUCCACCGAGAGUCUGUGUUUUAGCACGUCGUCUACACGAUGCCAUGCGGAGGCCAAACUGGAAGGCAUGUUUGAGGAUUUCCUCGGUAGUUUCCAAUGGGUUUUUAGAAAAGUGACCUGAUUUGAUGAGUAAAAAAGGUAAGGUGAUGGAAGAGGCCAGCGGGAGGGUUUCAGAGCUGAUUCCAGUGGUGCUAUUUCCACGGCUGCCAGGCUUUGUCCCAUCCUCUGUUCAGUAACAGCACCCGUUCUCAUCCCGGAUCACCAUGAAGCCAGUCCACGAGCGCAACCAGGAGUGCCUCCCUCCCAAGAAGCGGGACCUCCCUGUUAACAACAACAACAACAACACCUCUACCAACAACAAUAACAGCAGUAGCGUCAGCAUUGGGAGUGCAGGAGGAGGAGGUGAGGAUGCCCCAUCUUCACAAAGCUCUGGAGCGAGCGGAGAAGGUAGUGGUGAAUGGGUGCGAGCCCAGCCGAGCGUGCAUUAUGGGGUGGAGGGUGCCGAGGGUCUUGUUGGGCUUCCCAUGGAUCAGUAUAGCAUGCUUUAUAAAGUAGCUCUGCCCGCCGGCACCUACUCCCCCACCAAUCUGCACCCCGUUCUCAGCCACAUUUCUCCUGCCUACACCGUUCCCUCCCCCUACCCUCCGCUCUAUGCCCAGAUCCCUCACUCCUCCUUGCAAGAGUUUCCCUUAUACGGUUCCCUUACGGUUCCCUACGCCAUGCCUCCGGGAUUCGUUCCCAGCACUUUGAUGCCACCUCAGUCCGCUAUUUCCCAGCCGCACUCCAUUUCCCACCUGGUUCCGUAUCCAUCAGUCAUUCAGGAAGGAGUUGGCUCUUCGCAGCAGGUCUCGACCCAUGCAUACACCAAAAUGGGAGUUCCUCUGGUGCAAACGGCGACACAAGCGCCGCUCGGGACUAUAGGGAUGCUGCCUGCCGGGGAGCUCAGCCCGAGAGCUUUGUACUAUCAACCCACCGUCAGGGGCGUCCAACCACAAAGAGACCUGCACAGCAGCUCCAUGGAGCAGGAGAGGGAGGUGAAUGGAGGGGACAGAGAGCACGGAGGCAGGGAGAGCCAUCAAGAUGCAGUUUAUUUGGCCAGAAGCACACAGCUGCUGCAGGCCACUGAGCCCCAGCAAGACAAGAGCUUGAAAAGCCGCAGGCUGGAGGGCAGAAUGUCACCAGGACAGAGCAGCACACCGGACACUGAUCUCGAGGUACAGCAGGUGGUCGGACGACUUGCCUCUCCUGUCCACGGCAUGAGUCGCAAGGAAGCAGCACAUGUCCCUCUGAACCUGUCUCAAAGCUCUCAGAGGGGUCGAGAGACUCAGGGCGAAGUCAGAACACCUUAUGCAUCAAAUCCAGCUGAAUCUAGAGCACAUCAGCAGCAGAUUGUUCAACAAGGCCAUGCCGUUAUCUUGGCCAAUAGGCAGCCUAUUCUUGUGCCUCUGGACUACCAUCACCACCAACAGCCACAGCAACAGCAGCAGCAUUUUCAACCCAACGAUGUGGCCUCAGCAGCAAUCGCUGCUUCUCCUGCUGCAUAUACUAAAGCCAUGGAUGCAGGAGCAUGUCUCCCGGAGAAGGUGGUGGUGGAUCUGCCUCCCCAACAGGGGCAACAGCCCUCUCAGCAAACUCCUGGAACAUUCCCUCAGGCUCCUCUGCUGGAACCCUCCGGCCCAUCGCACUUCAUGAAGGGCGCCAUCAUCCAGUUGGCUACCGGAGAGCUCAAGCGUGUAGAAGAUCUGCAGACUCAGGACUUCGUGCGGAGCGCAGAAGCAAGCGGUGGGCUGAAGAUCGACUCGAGCAUGGUGGUGGACAUCCGCGCUAGUCAACAGCGGCCUGGUCUAGUGGCGCUGCAUUUCAACGUGGGGGAGCAGCAGAACAAAGUGACUAUAGAUGUUCCCCCCGAACACCCGUUUUUCGUUUUUGGCCAGGGCUGGUCGUCUUGUAGCCCGGAGCAGACUGCCCAACUGUACGGCCUCACCUGCCACCAUCUGCAAGUGGGUGACGUCUGCGUGUCUGUGACAAUGCAGCAGCAAGCCGCGUCGCAGCAGAAACCACCUCAGCAAGUUCAGGCCCGGACUCCCACCAAAGUCAACUCCACGUCAGGAGCCCCACCUCAACCCAUGGGCCCCCCUGCGCCCCAACACACCCCUCGGUCACAAAGCCAAUUAAAAAUGGAGCGCAUCCACCGAGAGAGGGACCGGGAGAAGGAGGAGCCCAUGCAGGUCGGGGGUUCGAGACAUGUCGACGUGCCCCCAAAACCGAACAGGACUUCAGCAGAGCACACUCGGAGCCAGAGCAACUACUAUUUGCACACUGAGGGUCAUGCUCCACUGGGAACCGGAGCGGGAGCCUCUUCCGUAGCGGCGUCCCAGAGGCGCUGGUCUGCCCCUGGCUUCCAAAGAUACAGCUUCAAGAACGAGGAGGGAGGGAGUUUAGCAUCAGCUGCCACCUCUGGCUCCUCUCGGCUGUCGUUUAUCCCUCAGGAGGUCAAGCUUUCCAUCGAGGGUCGCUCGAACGCCGGGAAGUAGCAGACAAAAGAGAUUGUCCAUGGGAGCGAAGUGUCAGUCGGGCGAACAGAUGCGAAAGAGGGAGCGUGGUCGGAGGGAGAGAGAAUGUAGCCUCAGAAUGUUUGAGAUUUUGCACAUAUUGGAAGAUUCCCGCUGCCGCCCCCUUCUUCGGUUCUGGUCUCGAGCAGAGGACUUUUGUGUCAGGUCAUAGUCAGCGUUCACGAUGAUCUGCAUGGGCAGCUUUAUCCGGUAAAUCACGUACCAAAGCCUGCGUCGUCUGCGUGUUCCUGUGGGUGAACUAUCAUGUUUGGCAGUGAUCACUUGCGUGAAGAGAUCUUGCAGUUCCUCAAGUAGAUGUUUAUUUCAGAAAGGCCAGGGAUAAGAAUGGGAUACAGCCAUAGAAUCUUGACAAGCCUUUACAAUAAUAAUAAAUAUAUAUUUUAAAGAAGGACAAAAGAGGAUAGAUUGCUCAACAACUUUUUUUUUUUUUCCCCUAAAUGACAGGCUCUUUCUCUCUAAACGUUGACUGUUUCCCUUGUUGCGCCGCCAGGCUUUUGUUGGCUAAGACCUUAAAACUUGGACAGUUUUUAAUGCGUGUCUCUCUAGAGGUGUGUUUAUCCUCACUUUCCUACACUCUCCUCCUCUCCCUGCCUCUUCUCAGGGUGCUUCUGCUGAGGAAUCCUUUCUAGUCUGGAGUUUGAGAACAGUUGCCCAGCGUCGUCACAUCAAUCAACCGAUCCAACAAUCUUUUUGCAAUCAGGAACUAUUUCCAGAUGAAGUCUAGCAUGCAUCUUAACAGUUGCAUUAACAACUCCUCAGAGGUUUUUAGUUUUGAUUCAGCAGUGGUUCUGAAUCUGCAUUCCAGUUUCAAUGUGAUAUCUCCUCUCCAAACCAUUGGAGUUAUCAUUUCCCAGAAAGGCCGGCCUAGGAAAACCAUCUCCGAAUAGUACCUCAUGGUUGGAAGCAUCCUUCAGUCUGAUUAUUAACAUUAUUAACUUAUAUUGUUGUGCUCUUUUCCUGGAUGGUGUCAGCCAAAAUCAGCCCUGCUUGCGAAGCUGAGACCAAAUGCAGAACAGGUUCUAGCUGUUUGCGAAUGACCUGAUCCUGUGGAAAUGGAUUAUUGCUCUGAAGCAUGCAGGUUUAAAUGAAGUCGUCCCGUGGAAGCGUAGUGUAGAGUCACUGCUGUUGGGUGUGAACUGACCCUGCUCAGUUAUCAAAAUCAAAGCAAUAGUUGUGUCCGAACACAUUUUUCUUGUUUACUUUAAUUUUUUUUUAAUCCCAUACAAGACAGAUUACUCCUUGUAUUUAAAUUUUUCUAUAUGCGACAGUUGCAGUCUGUAUGUAGAAACGUUUUAAACCUUAUCCUAUGCUUUUCUUGAUUUUCUAAGAUGAUGCAGUUUUACUUUGUGAUAAUCCUCGUUCUAACAGUUACUACAGGAGUUGAUUUAAAGCAUGCAAUUACCCUUAAAACAACACCUCUUUCAUUUAGGUAGGUUUUCUUUCUGACUUUAGUGAUGACUAAUAUGAAGGCACACUUUGAAAUGGGGCUUUUCUAAAACACCCACUGAUUAGGGUGUUCAGAAUCAGCUCUUGUACUUCGUAGAACGAUCUUAGCCCCUUAUAUUGUGUCCCAACCAGGUAUAACACAGUAAGACAAGCGAUUAAAAGUCAUGCUUGAGUUGCAGUGUGUUGCGUCUGCAAAAACACAUUUAGCAACAGGACGCUUAGUCUUUUGCAUUUGUUGGUUUUUAUUUUUGUGGCAUUGUGCUCGGUAGCUCCGCCCACUGUUAACCUCAGUGGUCCAAAUUCGUUCCAUAGGUUUUGACAGGCAGGCAUGUUUGGAUGGACAAAUUCACUGGGAACUUGUCUCGAAACAGCUCUUCUCUGGAAAGAGCCUCAUUAAUAUACACUUUCUAAUCUGUACUGAGGUUUCUUCUUUGGUUUUUGUAAUUGGUGAACUCUUGUACAGUAUUGCGUUCUGCCUCUCUUCUUGGCAAUAUUACCCACGAGUGAUUUUUAAAACUUGUACUGCAGGUCUUGUAUUGCACAGAUGAGUUCAAUUGAUUCACGCUGACUCUUUAAUGGGAAUCAGAUAUGUUUUAUUGUUUUUAAUAAUGAAGGGAAAAUGUUUGUGUUGUUUUGAAGUAUUCCGUUUCGUUGGUGGUUUUGGGCUCAUGAGAAACUGACAGGCAAGGUAGACACUGUUUACAGAUUAGCCAAGAGAAAAUGCUGCAGUUUCACUUUUCGUAGUUACUGAACAUUUUCAGACGGAUGAAAUCAUGACUUAAGUGCAAUUAGACCAAAUAUUAUAAACAUUAGGAAACUCAUGUGUUAUUUCAAAACAGCAUUCCAGAAAGAGCCUGACAUUCCCACUUUUUGUUAGUUUUAUGUUUUUUUUCUUCUUUUUCCCUAUCAAUAUUUUGAUGCCACUUACAUAUUUGUCAGAUGCAUAUUUUUAUUUCCAUUUCAGCCCAAGUUCUUUCAUGAGACCUUUAAUAUUUCUCUGCGUUGUUGGCUCUUGGCAUUGCUGGGCUGUCUGUGUUUGGACCAGGAUUUAAUUGAACUCUUUUGGCCUCUUCCAAUCACUCAAAGCUUAAGGAGUAGAUUAUUUUUAUUUUUUUGUUCUUUUAGGUAAGAAAUAAAAUUAUUUUUUUUAUAUAUAAAUGUAGCGCUACGCUAGCAUUGGUCCAGUUAGAUUUCAACUUCCUCAAAACUGCAUCGACCUCAACGAUACCACAUGUCUGUGAAGUCCUUAGACCUCUAAUGUCAAAGAGAAGAAGUUUGGAAGGGGUAUAAACAAAUUAUGACGGCUAGUCCCCAUUGAUGACGACCCUGGUAUAAACCCACCUGGUUUUCCGGCAUUACCAACAAGUCUGAUUUAAACUAAAUGAAGAAGUGGCAGUGUGUGUAUCGAGUUUAACAGUAUUUGGUUUUGAUCACCUUAAAUUGGUUCAAAUCCAUUUGUUGUUUCCAUUUCACAAGCAUCAUCUGUUAGUAUUUUGUUUGAAGACAUCCUGUUCCUUCUUAAAAUGAGUCCCACUUUCAUGCUAUUUAUAAUCUGGUCUCAAAUCUAGUUCAUGUUAUUUCUUCCUUCCUCUGUCCCCUUUGUCCCAGAACGAUAUGGUGGCACUUUGGACCCCUAUAAGUUCACAGAGGACAUUUUGUUAUAGUUCACGUUCAGCCUGGUGCGAACUGUCUAAAAGGGCCACAGUUGCCACCUAAAGCCUUGUAGACAAAUUAAAUAUCAUUCCGACCAGGAAAAACAGCUUAAACUGGCCUGAGCUGGUCUUCUGGGCUCAAGCCAGUUGGUCUGCCAGCUUGAGAGGCCAGCUUCAGCUGGUUUAAGUUAUUACAUUGUUCCUUCACAGCCAUGGAUAAAUGAUGUGUAUAAUGGCUCUGUUAUUCAGAAUUCAGACCUGCUUCAUUAUUUUAAGUAUUAGAAUUGAAUUGAAGCAAUACUUAGCAGAUAUGAUAAUGCUUUAGCAUGAGCUAUGCAGUAGAGACUCAGUCAGCACCCUAAUGCAGUUUCAAUACUCAGAUCUCACCAGAAGUCAGCUGCACGUUCAAUAUCGCUGCACAAUCUGUGCUUUUCUAGUAACCCACAGGCUCUGUGACCUUUUUGGUAGUGGUAAGUUAUCUCACUACCAAGUCACAUAACCCGAAGCUUAUCUGAUGUCGCUUGUUUGGUGCUGUAUGUUUUUUUGUAUUUGUCAGCAAUGGUGCACUGUUCUCGGUCUUCUCAAAUGCACUGCCUUACCAGCCGUCUCUUGUCGAGAUGAAAUCUCCAAUCUGCAACCUUCGAGCCGGAGAUGGACUGAGUACGCUUUCAUUAAGAACUGAGCUACUAUCAUGUGCACUGUAAACAAGGAGAGUUGAUGCUAUGUUUGUGCCUUCCCAAUGUCUUAACUUAACUCUGGUCUGUCUUAUUAAGCUUUGUUCUCUGGGAGAGUUGUGUGUCUCCAUUUUAAUGUCAUCACGUUGUAUAUAUCUCACAGGCUUGAAAACCCUGCUGUGCUGUUGAGGGCCAUUUUGAUCCUAUCUAAACAUCAGCGCGAAACUUCACGGCAUCAUACAUACUAGAAUUAGAGAUAUUACAAAAUAAAUUUUAGUAGUAGAGUGCUGCAGUGAUUAUUUAAUUUUGAAGGUCAACCUGAAAGUUCAUCACCUUGGUUCCCUCAACAAAAACCCAAUAAGAUUUUUCCAUUGGAUUUUGGAUUAUUGCAGAAAAUAAGCUCUGUGACCGACAACAGUUUAUGAAUCUUACAUGUUUUGUUCAUCAUAAGCUUCAUAAAUGAACACGACUUUAAUGAAUUUUGAAACCUAAAUCCAAUUGCCAGAAGUAUAAAGCUAAACGUAGGCUAUAAGCGGACUACACUCAUAGCAUGACUUCAACUUCACCACCAUUAAGCUUCAACAUUUUGAAAGUUUGAGUUCGAAUAGUUUACAAGAACUCCAUUAUAAACACACCAAGGCUGUAAAAGCGACUAAUGAGUAGAUGAGUUUACUUGUUUGGUGUGAUGAUAUUUAAUUUAUGAAAAACCACUGUAGUCCCAUUUAGAUACUUGUUAACAUCUGACUUUCUUUAAGACAAGUAAAAGCUUAAAAAAAAGUUACUGAUUGAUAUGUCAUAGAAUAAAACAUGAACACAUCUUGAUCUUGUGUUCACCACAGACCUUAUUUCAGGCAUUUAACCAAAAACCUAUUCAAAAAACCCAUUGACUUCAGGACGAUGUAACCAUGAACCUGCAUUUUUAGGUUUUGGUCUACAGAAUUGCGUCAUCCCUGCAGCACUUUGUAGUUUGGUUAAUGACGUAGGAUCAAUUUUAGGGGGGAAAUGUGUAAAAUGUGACUAUCAAGCUGUGAUUUUUAUCAUUCAGGGUAAAUUUGAUGUUGUAUUUUCAAUGGUAACAGCACAGAAGGGUUUAGCACAAGCUACAUUCCUAUAGAUAUUUCGUGUCUGCAUUUCCUUCCCUCUACGGAUGUGUGAAAAUUAAUCAAAUCAUGUCCUUUCCUCACCUUUGGGUAAAUGUCAAGUAAAGCGUCCUUUUUGAAAGCAUUUAAUCUCCCUUUAAUGAUUAGGGCAUCUGCAUACUAGAUAAACACAGGGUUUCAUGUGGAAAGAGUUGGAUAAGUUGAAAUAAAUUGGGAAUUUAUUUUCCAAAAAGCACAAGCAGUCCAGCUUGCAAAAGAGUGCAUUGCAGUUCAAAUUCAGGUUUUGGUCACAUCACAUGGCACUUGCAUGAUGUGAUGAUUUCCCAUUGAAAUCAGAGGAUAUUUCUAGAGUGUGCAGACGCCCUAUUCUUUUUUGCAUUUAGGGAAUCCCGUGUUGUUCUUCCACAGAGCCUCACCUAAUCAUGUAACAUAGAUGUUUAUCACUUUGAUGCAAUGAAAUGUCCAGCACUUAUUUCCCCUCACCUGUAGUGUUACGAUAAAUGUUUUGCCAUCAUAUUGAAUCAUUUGAAACCACGUAAAACAAUCAUCCAUUUGUAUGCUUGUACAGAUAUGAAGAUAAGUUUUGUAUAGUAUUAGCUUGUCAGUAACGCCUUAAGAUGUGCACCGUUCGUAAACGCUGUGUAGAAGUGACUCCCCGCUCUGCAAGGUCGUACGAUUUCACAUAUGUUGUAUUGACUGUGGACUCCUCUGUAAAGGUGGCUCGGGUUGCUCACUGACAACAAUUAGUGACGUUGCACUUACUGAUUGUAAGACGAUAUUUUUGGGACUAGCUCAUAAUGUGUAUCUUUGUUGAACACAAUGUAAGCUUAACAUACGUUCGAAAUCUUUAAUGUUGUAUUUAUAUUUUGCUCUUGUUAGGAGGGCAGAAGUGAAGUGGUUCGAGGAAGUGGGGGAAAGUUAAAUUUAUUGGAGUCGGUGUUAGAAGAUGCUGCGUAUAAAGUGAGAUUAUCUGCAGUUAUUGAGAUAGUUUUGGCUGAGAGUCCUGGGAAAGUCCAUUUAGUCUCCCUGUUGACUUUCGGCACGAAUGGCGAGUUUUGAGCUGACAUGUCAUAGUUUGUGAAGCGUGAGAACGAAUUAACCCACUUGAGGAUAACCAUCUGGGUUACGGAUGAAUGUGCAGCUCAGUAUCAGUAACAUUUCAGUGCGUUAUAGUGGUAUCAUUGCUUCAAAUUGAUGAUUUUUUUUUUUUGAAUGUAUAUAUUGUUUUGGAAGGCUUUAUGAAGCUAACACAGACAGAACUCAGUGGCACGGCAGGCCAGAGUCAGUAAUGUCGGCUGAAAUCAGGUUUCUAACGGUUGCAAGGUUUUAAAGGAGUCAUUAUAUACUCUCGAAUUUGUCAUUGUACUUCUUGGCACUAAGUGACACUGCUUUUUAUGUGAUGUGUGACCAGUUUUAAAAGAAAUGGCAUCUUUGUUUAAUGCAUAAAAUCUGCAAAAUAUAUGCAAUGAUGUAAGUGUAAUAUUCAAUCCUCAAGUAUAAUCCAGGUUGUAUAAACUUUGUAUAGUACAUUUUAAUAUCGUAUGGCCGUACCAAUAUGUAUUAAUUCUUCUCAGAAGCCUUAGAGUCGUCUACCCAAAGUGCUCCCUUAGACUACCCUACACCUACCUGAACUUUACAAAGCAUUAAUAACUAUAUUUUGUUGCAUUUUUAUUUGUACCCUUUUUUGAAUAAAAUAGAUUUGUACUGUA